AUGCAGCACGGCAUCUUGCUUCCCACCGGCGGUAUCUGGAUACCCACUCACUCGGGAAGCCUACUCUGUGGUGCAGGCGGCUCCUGCAUGAUUGGAGGCGUCGUCGGUGGCUGCGUGCUUGACUGCUUGGUCAUGGCCUGCAUUGGCCUCGCGCACAAAGCGGCCUGCCGUUUUCCUCGUUGA